GGCUUCGCGUGAGCCUCGGGGGCUCCCGGGCGGCGCGCUGCAUUGUGGGGUGGCGGUGGCGGCGGCGACUGCGACGCUGAGCCGGGCGCCUGAGCGUUCGCGGGGCCGAGGCCAUGGCUUUCUGGGCUGGGGGUUCGCCCAGCAUCGUGGACUAUUUCCCCAGCGAGGACUUCUACCGCUGCGGCUACUGCAAGAACGAGUCGGGCAGCCGCUCCAAUGGCAUGUGGGCACAUUCCAUGACAGUACAGGAUUAUCAGGAUCUCAUAGACCGAGGAUGGCGAAGAAGUGGAAAAUAUGUGUACAAACCUGUCAUGAAUCAAACAUGUUGUCCUCAGUACACAAUAAGGUGCCAACCUUUACAGUUUCAGCCUUCAAAAUCUCACAAGAAGGUUUUGAAAAAAAUGUUGAAAUUCCUGGCUAAAGGGGAGGUUCCCAGAGGAAGUUGUGAGGAUGAGCCCAUGGACUCCACAAUGGAUGAUGCUGUUGCUGGUGACUUUGCAUUGAUAAAUAAAUUGGAUAUACAGUGUGAUCUUAAGACGCUCAGUGAUGACGUCAAAGCGAGUUUAGAGAGUGAAGGAAAAAAUUCAAAGAAAGAAGAACCUCAUGAAUUACUUCAGUCACAAGAUUCCAUAGGAGAGAAGUUGGGCUCUGGUGAACCAUCACAUUCAGUUAAAGUUCACACAGUUCCUAAGCCAGGCAAAGGGGCUGAUUUGAGUAAGCCUCCAUGUCGAAAAGCAAAGGAAAUCCGGAAAGAAAGGAAAAGGUUAAAACUCAUGCAGCAGAACCCAGCUGGAGAACUUGAGGGUUUCCAGGCUCAAGGUCACCCACCAUCUUUGUUUCCACCAAAGGCUAAAUCCAACCAGCCCAAAUCACUCGAAGAUUUAAUUUUUGAAUCUUUACCAGAGAAUGCAUCACACAAGUUAGAGGUGAGGGUGGUGAGAUCAUCUCCACCAAGUUCGCAGUUCAAAGCCACACUUCUGGAGUCUUACCAGGUCUAUAAACGUUACCAGAUGGUUAUUCACAAGAACUCACCUGAUACGCCAACCGAGAGCCAGGUGAGGUUAGUACCUGCCUCCUUUGAGGACCCAGAGUUCAAGUCGUCUUUCAGCCAGUCCUUUUCUUUGUAUGUCAAGUAUCAAGUGGCCAUACACCAGGAUCUACCUGAUGAAUGUGGGAAGACUGAGUUCACAAGAUUCCUUUGCAGUUCACCCUUGGAGGCAGAGACUCCCCCUAAUGGGCCAGAUUGUGGCUAUGGCUCCUUUCACCAGCAGUACUGGCUUGAUGGAAAGAUCAUUGCUGUGGGAGUGAUUGACAUCCUCCCAAACUGUGUGUCAUCUGUGUAUUUGUACUACGAUCCUGAUUAUUCGUUUUUGUCUUUGGGUGUCUACUCUGCACUACGAGAAAUUGCUUUUACUAGGCAGCUUCAUGAGAAAACUUCUCAACUCAGCUAUUAUUAUAUGGGUUUCUACAUUCAUUCGUGUCCCAAGAUGAAAUAUAAGGGUCAGUAUAGACCUUCUGAUUUGCUGUGCCCCGAGACAUAUGUUUGGGUCCCCAUUGAGCAAUGCCUGCCCGCACUUGAAAACUCCAAGUACUGCCGUUUCAACCAGGACCCAGAAGCAGCUGUUAUGAAAUCAAGAGUGACUCCUCCUUACACAUGAUGAUACCUUAGAAUCUGAUGACGAGUGACCGUAGGGACACAGAUGACUCAUAUGCCAGGUACCGUGGCAUUAGCCCCAGUUUUUCUGGAUGUUUAGGUUUCUUAGAAUAACCAGAGCUUUAUAGUUCCCACACCUGAAAUUAUUAGUCAACGUCUGAUCAUUUCCUUCUGAGUAAAGUUACACCUCAUUGAUCGGAUAUGUUGCUUAAAAACAAAUAUUAAAUUUGUCAAUCAGUUUUGGAGUCAGGCUGAAAGCCAAAGGCAAUAGGAUUAUAAGAGAAAGCAUACACUUAUCUACUCUCCUCUCUUCCCUCAAAAAAAAUUUCUCCUCUAGCUUUCUUAAGGUCAGGUUAGUCCAGUCCCUAUGAUGAAAACUGCUGAACAUCUUACUAAAAGAUUUCAUGUUCACAUAUAAAACUUUUUCUGUUUAAGUUGCAUUCCAAUAAUAUUAUGAUCCUAAAUUUCUUACUCCCCAACUUAUGAUAGCUUCGCCUUCUUUUUUUCCUUAUUGAUCAGUUUUAAAGGUUGCAUUUCUUCUUACAUCAUACUUGGAGACUAAACACAAAUUCUCCUUUUAUAAAGUUGAAAAGAUGACUGAAUAAUUUCUAUCCAUUGAAUAGACAUUCAAAUAAACAUUCAUGUUAAUAUAUUUAAAAAUUAUUUUCCAGAAUACAUACUAAUGAACAUGGCAAAAAAUAUUUAAAGUCUCAUAAUGACCAUUUUUGUCACGAACAUACUAUAUCCUUGUGAGCGAUGAAUAUAUUGUGUGUUCUUUUCCUAUAACUAGUAGGUUACAUUUCUUAUGGCAGUAGCUUUAGCUCUUAAUCUUCAUUGUUUAGAAUUCAUUUACAAAACUCGAGAGUAAAUUUCUUUGAGAAUAAGUGCUUCGAAGAAAUCGAAGAUCUUUUUUUCAUAUGCUGAAUCUGUGGAACUUUCAAGAGAAUAUCACACACAGUUUUAUCAGUAUUGAAUGUCACAGUCCAGACACUAUUUGAAAUCAGACUUAUAUCCUGUGGUUUUAGGAAAUUAAAAUGCAGUUACAUGCUGGAAUGUAUUGAGCCUGCUGUGAAACAUGGUCAUUUGAGGUUUAAAUGGCAAUCUGUGAGAAACGGUUCUCUUCUCUGGGGCCAGUUUUACUUUUACAUGACCCAAACUUUGACUCAGAAAAUAGAGCUUAAUAUGGGCAAUAUUGUUGUUCAUCAGCAUGGUGCUUUUUUCUCUAAAUCUUGUUUCUCUUUCCAGCUGUUGAGUAGUUAAAUUAUUCUGCAAAGGCCAGUUGAUCACCAUAGGCUUUGGUUAAACCAAGUAUGGCUUCAAGGUGUGUCAGUGGCCAGUGUUAAGGAAAAUCACCUUUUCCCCCAUCCUUUUGUGUACACUACUUUGUGGUACUGUGGGGGGAGGGAUUGACAAGCUGCAACAACUUGGAAAAUUCUGAAGAAAUCCUUCUGUUCUUAGAUAAGUCCUUUGUUUUUCAAUGCAGGACUUCUGCCUACUUCAAAGAAAGGGGUUCAAAAGUUUCUCAAACGAUUUUUAAGUAAAAGUCUGUUAGAUUUUUUAAAUUAAUAACUGAAUAUGUAUAGGUUUCAAAAGUUCUGUACACAUUUAUGUAUACACAUAUUUAUGUGUAUUUUUAAAAAACUAAAGAAUAUUCUGCAUCCUUACAUUAUCAUUUUUACUUAAUACUUUGUGUUAACUUCUUACUUUUGAUAAGGUAGAAACUUGCUUUCAGUAAAAAACAAUUUGACCAUUAAUUUGGUCAUAAGAAAACAAACGCUGCUACUGUGUGAUACACAGUGUCUAAUACAGGUUUUUUUUUUUUUUUUUUU